AUGGCCGAGUCACCCGCAGAAGAGAAGACGGUCGUCGAGCACGAAACACUCAAAUACUCCCUCCUUGGGCCAUCACUCACCAAGUCUGGCCAAGACAACGUCGACCAGCAGAAGGUCUCAGAGAUCAUCUACAAUGCGUCGAAAGGAUCCAAAUACUUCAACAACGAAGAAGCCCGCGACAAAAACCUCACACAAAAAAUCGAGCGCAUUCUCGAAAAGAAGGCACAACUAGAGAAGCUUGACCUCGCCUCAGACCGACGCAAAGCAGACGAAUACAUCGCAGAGCUCGAGCUAUCAAGAGACUUAUCGCAAGUCGUGGUGCACAUCGAUUGCGAUGCCUUCUACGCCGCAGUCGAAGAGCUCGAUCGCCCAGGGCUGAAGGACGUCCCGUUCGCGGUCGGCGGAGGCGUCCUUACAACGUGCAACUACCACGCGAGGAAAUUUGGGUGUCGGAGUGGGAUGGCGGGGUUUGUGGCCAAGAAGCUGUGUCCGGAGUUAAUCAUGCUGAAGUUGAAUUUCGACAAGUAUACGGCGAAGGCGCAGGAGGUUAGGGAGAUUAUCGUGGAUUAUGAUCCGCGGUUUGAGAGUGCGAGUAUUGAUGAGGCGUAUCUGAAUAUUACCGAAUAUUGCCGGAGGAAUAAUAUUGAGCCGGAAGAAGCUGUGGAGCAAUUGAGGAGGGAGGUUCAUGAGAAGACGAAGAUUACAAUUUCUGCUGGCAUUGCUGCGAAUGCGAAGCUGGCGAAGAUCUGUUCUAAUAAGAAUAAACCGAAUGGGCAGUUCUCUCUUCCCAGGGAUCGAAAUGCUAUUAUGGCUUUUAUGAGGGACCUACCAACGAGGAAGGUUAACGGCGUAGGUCGUGUGUUCGAGAGAGAACUCGAUGCAGUUGGAGUCAAGACAUGUGGAGAUAUCUACCAAUAUCGGCAAUAUCUGGCAAAGUUAUUCGGCGACAAAGCAUUUGCAUAUCUGAUGCAAUGCUACCUGGGACUGGGAAGAACAACGGUACAACCUGCAGAAGAAUACGAAAGGAAGAGUGUUGGCACAGAAAGCACAUUUGGAGAAAUGAGCAAUACCGCCGAACUUCGAGACAAGCUACUAGCUACAGCCCAGGAGUUAGAGAAAGACAUGGUACGAACACAAUUCAAAGGUCGAACUAUCUGCCUAAAAGUCAAACUCCACACCUUCGAAGUCUUCACAAGACAAGUCAUCCCACCCAAAGCCAUCUAUCUAGCACAUGAUCUCUACAAAUACUCCCUCCCCAUGCUCUCAAAACUCGAGCAAGAAUUUCCCGGCAUGAAACUCCGCCUCAUGGGCCUUCGUUGCACCCACCUAGUUAGUAUGAAGAAACCCGACACAAUGGCCUUCUUCGGCUUCAAACGAAAACCGACCUCCCUCGACGCAAUCGAAUCCGACUCUCCCUCCACCGACACCAGCAAACGAAAAGCCUCCACCCUUUCUACCCCCGACAGCAAUGAAGAGCAAUGGGAAUCCUGGCCCGACGAGCUUCUCUUCGAAGACGCAGAGCGACAAGAGCGCGAAGACGAGAUGCAGGAACUCGAGACGCUGAGUCAGGAGAUCGAUAAAAGGAGACAUCAUGGGAAGGAGAUUGUGCCGAACCCAAAGAAGGGGGAAGAGGUGGAAGAGGAGUGGUGGGAUUGCCCGAUUUGUGGAAGGCCGCAAAGUGCGAGUGAGAAGGCAUUUAAUGAGCAUAUUGAUCUGUGUUUGAGUCGGCAGACUAUUAGGGAUGUGGUGCAGGAGACUACGGAGAGCAAAUCAACGGAUAGUACGCCUGCACCGAAGAAAGCGAGAUUGGGGAAUGAGAAGAAGGAGAGGGGAGGUUUGCCGGGUGAUCCGAAGCAGAGACGAUUAUGUUUUGGAUGA